UCGGACGCUCUUAAACGGGCCGAAAAACUUCCUCCUAUCCGUGCUAUAAUCGCAAUAAUUUGAUAUCGUUGAUCCGAUUACGCGUCAUAACUUGGCGUCGAAGAGGAGAGAGAAGAGAGGAGAGGAGUGGAGAGGAGAGGAGAGGUGAGGUGAGGUGAAAGGCAAGGAGAGAAAGAGAAGAGAAGUCCGUUUUGCGCUCGUCGAAGCUAACAUCGAAGCCAAGAUCGUUCUCCAGCCGUUUGCCCACGGCCUUAUACGAUAUCGUCUUAACCAACGAUUUAUCCGAUGUGAAAGCCACGCGCUUUGAUAUUUCGUACACAUUGCUUAGUGAAGGGGGGUCGGAUAGUCGGUCGGUUGGUUGGUUGGUUGGUCGGUCGGUCGGUCGGUCGGUCGAGUCUGAAGUACCGGGGAAAAAGGAGAAGGGUCUUUUCUCAUCCCACCUGGUUCUGCAAUUUACGUUCGACGUCGUCCUUGCCGUCGUCAUCUUUGCCGUCGCAGGAGCGCGCCCGCGCCGAAAGGCGCGCUCCCUUCGAGCAUCUUUGAGUUCACGACUUUUCCCGCGCAAUCUAACUAACAAUCUUCUUAUCCAAAGGCCGUAUAAGUUACGUGAUAUAUCCACGUUUUAAGUAAUCGUAGAUGUUCACAGUGUGAGAUUAAUACCGUGAUUUACUGGAUCGAUUCUCCUUAACGAUCGAUCGGAAUUUUCAAAGGGUAGAGAAUGGGAGAAGAAAGGGUUGCAUUUCCUUUCAAGGAUUGAAGAGGAAAGUGGUGCUUGUUCGAACGAUUAUUAUCCUGUCUUAUUAUCGGAACGAGAGGAAAAUAUAUAAAGCUGAAAAUAAAGAACAGUGUGAUUAUAAUCGGAUAAAAAGGAGAUAAAAUCUAAAAUAAUAAUGGAUUACUCGUAUUUGAAUCAAGCUGCGGCUGCCGCGGCCGCCGGCUUCGAAGCGUCCAGUUGCGCGUUGGCCGCGAGCGAGAUGCAAUGCGGUUAUGGGGAUCUGAGCUCGUGUUCGCAAAUGAGCCAAGCGGCGUAUCGGUACACGGCAGCAAGGGCCGCCGGAUACUCGACGAAUGCCGGUUCGGCUAGUGGUGGGGGAAGCGCGGGUCCACUCGGGGCCCAUCAUGCCUCGCAUCCUCAUGCUCAUCCACAUCAUGGGGCCCAUGCGACUCCGUGCUCCGUAAUGGCGGCCAGAUCGCAGGACGUUCAUCGGCACGCUGCCUCCAUCUUUCCUUCCGCUAUUAAUCUCCAAGGAGGAUUAGGAUACAAACCGUAUACGGGACACGAUGGUCUUGCGGAAAAGCGGAAACAACGGCGCAUACGGACGACGUUUACGUCGGCCCAACUUAAAGAAUUGGAGCGUGCCUUUCAAGAAACUCACUAUCCGGAUAUUUACACCAGAGAAGAGAUCGCUAUGAAAAUAGAUUUAACGGAAGCCAGAGUGCAGGUAUGGUUCCAAAAUCGCCGGGCAAAAUUUCGGAAACAGGAAAGACUGGCCCAACAAAAGUCAUCAUCCCAAGGUGGAAUCGGUGGUGAUAGUGGUGCUUCAAGUCCAGUUGCUGGAAACGUCAAAGCCGAGGGACGUUCUCCGAGAAGUCCUGCGACACCACCAGUUGGCUCGAACGGUAGUGUCUUACCAUCGAACGAAGUCAAGCCUGUCGCUAAUCCUAAUUUGGUUAAUGUGAAACAUACACCAGACGGUAACGGAGAAAAUAGCUCACCUAGCGCUCGUGUAAACAGUGGAGGUGGUACGUGGGGUUCAUGCAGUCCAAGACCUUUCUCCACGGCGUUACCUUCUUAUUUGUUGGAUCCCCUACCUUUGAAAACCGGAAAUCUUUAUUAAUUUCUCAUUUAAUUUAGAAGGUUACGGUAAGCCGACAAAUUCGUGUAAAUAUAUAAGAGUAUCGUUUUAUCGGACUGGUUGAACGAGAAUUAUCGGUGUGAUAUGUGAAUGCAAGAGUGGUCAUUAACGUUAGAAUUAUUUUUUUUCGGUCCUAGGCUGGAGAAAAGAUUUAUGACGGCAUCUCAAAAUUAUUAUUAUUAUUAUUAUUAUUGAAAUGCGCUGACAAAGCGUAUAGAUUCGAUCGAUUUCCAAGACAUUAACAAACAAUU